AUGAUGUCAUCGGAGCACCUGACCUGUGGUUGGCUGCAGCAGCUGCUCGUUGUUCUUCUGAAGCUGGGCCUGGCUCUCGCUGGGCCUUUGCGAUCACCUGACGGGACUGGAUGCACAGCCAAGGGUCCUGCUUCCUACAUCCUGGUCUUUACAGGUCACUGGAGCCCACAGGCCUUCCCCAAGCAGUAUCCACUGUUCCGCCCCCCCGCACAGUGGUCCAAGCUCAUAGCGGUCAGCCACACUCGUCAUUUUCGGUUGUGGGAGGAGGGCGCCCUAGCCAGUGCAGGGCUGCAGAUCUUUGCUGAACUCGGGCUGACGGUGGAGCUGAUGAAGGCAGCCAAGGAGGCCAGGAAAAGACGCACGGUCGGCGCCAUGUACCGAACGGCCGGCAUCCCUGACGGCAUCGGGCACAGCUCCACGGAGUUGCUCAUGCAGCCCAGAAACUCACUGUUGUCUCUGAUGGUGAAGAUGAUCCCCAGCCCUGACUGGUUUGUCGGUGUGGACGGCAUAAACCUUUGCGAGGGCAGCCAGUGGAAACAGGAAGUGACCAUUGACCUCCAGCCGUAUGAUGCAGGGACGGACAGCGGAUUUACUUUCUCCUCUCCCAACUUCCCCAGCAGUCCCCCAGAAAAUAUCACAAUGAUCACAUCUCAGAUGCCAAACCACCCGGCCAACUCCUUCUACUAUCCACGCUUAAAGGAGCUUCCACCCAUCGCCAGCAUAAGGAUCACCCGACAGAACGGAUCACCUGGCCAUCAAUCCCCGAUGUCCAAUCACAUUCUGCCCAACUCUAUCAAUCCCCGGCGCUUCUCAGUGACACCUCUGGACUGCGAAGUGUCUCUCUGGUCCUCCUGGGGCUGGUGUCUAGGUCCCUGCUCCAGAGGUGGUGUUCGUCACCGAACUCGUUACAUCCUUUUGCGGCCGGCCAAUGCUGGGACCCCCUGCCCGGAGCUGGAGGAACAGGCUGAGUGUGUGCCACACAGCUGUAUGAAACUCCAGUAA